CCUCCGCUCUCCCCAGACCGCGCAGUUAUCACCCCGUCCGCCCCUCUCUUAUUUUUCCCUCACGAUGUCCACCUCGUCGCACCCUCCGGCCUCGAAGCCUGACCCUACCGUCAACGCCGAUGCCUCCCAAAGAAGACUCUCCUCCUCCGAUGCCGCCGGUUCCGCCGAACUCGCCAAUCUUAAAGUAAACCUGAAGAGCGCUCUGCGCCAGUUCCCCGACUUCCCCAGCAAGGGCAUCCUCUUCGAGGACAUCCUGCCCAUCUUUGCCGACGCGUCCCUGCACCAGAAGCUGGUCAGGGCGCUCGAGCUGCACGUCUCCAAGAACUACGCCCAGAAGCCCGACGUCAUUGUCGGCCUCGAGGCGAGAGGCUUUUUGUUCGGCCCUAGCCUGGCGCUGGCGCUGGGCGCUGCCUUCGUUCCCGUACGCAAGCAGGGCAAGCUGCCCGGUCCCACCGAGACCGCCAGCUACGAGAAGGAAUACGGCCAAGAUUUCUUCCAAAUCCAGGCUGACGCCAUCAAGAAGGGUCAGCGCGUCAUCAUCGUGGACGACAUUAUUGCGACGGGCGGUUCUGCCGGCGCUGCUGGUGACCUCGUCCAGAGGCUCGGCGGCGAGCUUCUCGGCUACCUCUUCAUCCUCGAGCUCGACUUCCUCAAGGGCCGCGACAAGCUCAACGCGCCCGUCUACACGCUGCUGUCCGGCCAAGAGUCCAAGAUGGAAUAAACGAGCGGGCUCCGACAGCUGCAUGACUCUAGCUGCAAAGCCGGACACGUCACAGCAGCUGCAUAACGGGAACCCUGCCAGGUCUAGGGUAUUUCUGCACGGCACGACUGGGAAUAAAAGGAGGCUGACGGUGGCGUCGCGGGUGGUAUCUUGGCCGGGCUACAUGGCUUUUCGGGAGGGGGGCUUAUCUGCAUUGCACAUAUCUCGGGACUUCUUUUUCCAACUCAUCUCUAAUCCGCCUUGCGAUUCCCCUACAUAGAUCCGCCCAUUCUACAUUCAUGAUUUCGCUGCCGUUUUCAAC